AAUAUUCUCUCGGUAAUAUAACCGACUUUAGAACACUGCAUACCAUAAAUAAAAGAGCGAAUUGCAAAAUCAAUCAACAAUCAGUAAAGUCAUAACAAGAACGCGUUUAUCACUUAAGAAAUUUGUGUCAUUUAAACAAGAAUUUUCUGUAAAGUGCUUUGUAAAAAAUGGGUCGAAGAAAAAGUAAAAGAAAGCCACCACCAAAGAGAAAAGCAAUUGAACCUUUAGACACACAAUUUAACUGUCCAUUUUGUAAUCAUGAGAAAUCCUGUGAUGUAAAAAUGGAUAAAUCGCGAAAUACAGCUCGAAUAUCAUGUCGAGUUUGCUCGGAGGAUUUCCAGACAACUAUAAAUUUGUUAUCUGAACCAUUGGAUGUUUAUAAUGAUUGGAUUGAUGCUUGUGAAUCAGCGAAUUGAUUUUUUAAUUUUGCACGUGGGAUAAAUUUAAAAAUAACGUCUGUGAAUGUAUUGUAAUUAAACAACGUUGAACUGUCAUUAUACAAUCGAUAUGAUUUAACAAAACAUUUUUGUAUGUUUUUCAUUGUUUUGUUUUGUUGGUUUCUUUUUUGAAAAAUAAAUGGCUAAUUCUUUAAUAAUUAA